UUUUUUAAUUUUUGAAUUAUUAUCCAAUUUCAAAUAGCGUUAAACUUGAAGUGAAUAUUUGAUAUAUUUGGCUAAGCAUAUGAGCCUAGAUCUAUAACACACAAUGACAAGGUUUUGGUUGACAACUUGCCCUUAUUAUCAAAUAAUACAAAUUUACUCCGACAACAUAAAUCAUUUUCACAUCAAUUACAAUCAUUCAUAAUUAUUCUUCAAGAACGCUAAUAUCAACUCUUAAUACCAAUUGGAUUUAGUUUAAAAAUCGAGCUGCUCUUACCCCCAUUUUUUAGAUGGCUCAAUUGUUUGAUAUAGAAAUCAAUUAUAACGGGAGUACUGGUACAAAAUCCGAAUACGAAUAUGACGUGGACGCCAUUUUUGACGAGCCUUCCGAGCAUCAAGUCAUGGAAAACAUCAAGCACGAAGUUCAAGAACCGGAACAUGGUAAGAAUUAUGAGGCCUUGGAUUUGAAUGAAACAUUGGUCAAUGCCGGGAAAGAAAAAGUAAGCAAUGAUCAAUUUCAAAUACUCAGGGUCCUGGGUAAAGGAGGAUAUGGCAAGGUAUUUCAAGUGAGAAAAAUUAAGGGCCAAAAUGCUGGUAAAAUUUACGCGAUGAAAGUACUCAGAAAAGCAGUCAUCAUAAGGAAUCAAAAAGACACUGCCCACACCAAGGCCGAAAGGAACAUUUUAGAAGCUAUAAAACAUCCGUUUAUAGUCGAUUUGAUCUACGCAUUUCAAACUGAGGGCAAAUUAUAUCUCAUACUUGAUUUUUUGGGAGGAGGGGAACUGUUUAUGCAUUUAGAAAGGGAGGGAAUAUUCUCGGAAGAAACUUGUCGAUUUUACCUGGCCGAAAUUGUAGUGGCCAUUAGUCAUUUGCACAAACAUGGUAUCAUAUACAGAGAUCUAAAACCAGAGAAUAUACUUUUAGAUACCGAAGGGCACGUUGUUUUAACCGAUUUUGGGUUGUGCAAGGAAUCCCUCGAUAGUACAUCAUUGACUCAUACUUUUUGUGGAACCAUUGAAUACAUGGCACCAGAAAUUUUAAUGAGGAAAGGGCACAACAAAGCAGUCGAUUGGUGGAGCCUAGGAGCUCUUAUGUUUGAUAUGUUAACUGGCGGGCCUCCAUUCAGUGCCGAAAAUCGCAAAAAAACUAUCGAAAAAAUACUUAAGGCUAAGGUUUUGUUUCCCGAUUAUGUUAGUCACGAGGCCAAAGAUUUUAUCCGAAAACUUUUACGGAGAAAUCGACAUCAAAGAUUGGGUUCUAGUAAAGAUGAUUCAUUAGCCAUCAAGCGCCAUUCCUACUUUGCUUCCAUCGACUGGACCACAGCAGAACUUCGAAAACUUACUCCUCCAAUUUUGCCGAGAUUAACAUGCGAUGAGGACGUAAGUCAAUUUGACAUCCGGUUUACGGCCAUGGCCCCUGUCGACUCACCAGUCGAAGAUGGUUUCCUCUUAAGCUCCAGUGCUAAUGAGAUUUUCAAAGGGUUCACCUACGUUGCUCCCUCAAUUUUGGAAGAAAAUUUUAAGCACGAAACGGAUUUAUAUUCAUUGGAUGAAACAAGAUUCAAUCAUUACAAAAAGAAAAAUUCAAGUUUUAAUGUUGAUGAGGCUUUCACAUCUUGCGCUAUAAAAGAUAAUAUCAUCGAUGACAAAUUUCUUCAAUCCAACCACGAAAUUUCUGAUAAUUAUGACAAUAUCUUAAACGAAAGUAAUUACGACCCAUACCAUACUAUUACCCAACAAAAACCGUUUAACAAUGCAGAAAUUGACCAUGCAAAUUAUAAUAAAUACGUAAACUCGAAUUCAAAUAUUAACGGAAAUUAUAGCAAUAAUAAUUUCAAUAAAUUGCCCCAAAAUAAUUAUAAUAGCAAUAAUCAAAAUAGGGGUUUUCCUUUCUCCCUCCUCCCCACAUUUAUUGAUUCUCGGCAAGGUUCUACUUUUUAUAACAAUUCUAAUCAUUCAAAUGUCAAAAAUUCUGAUUAUAAUAAUAAUGGGCAUUUUGAUACCGAAUAUAAUUUUAAUAACGCAAAACAUCCCAAUAUCAAUAAUUCAAAUGGUCAAAACGAUAAAUCUAGCACGACAGGAACAAAGUUUAUAAAUAUCGCCAAUAAUUCCGGUUCCCAGAAUAAACAGAAUAGGUUUAGACCCGACUUUGGUCAUCAAUCUUUCUACAAUUUUUGGCGUUGAAAUAAAUAAGAUGGUUAAAACAAAAUUCAUUUUUAAAUCGCAUUAAUUUUGCAUAAUAAUUUCUUAACCUGUGAUUAUAAAUUUUUCCAUAAUAGUCACUGGUCUUAAUACAUUCAUUAUUUCCAAUAUUUAUUAAGUUACAUUUAUAUCGGUUACUAUUACUACCUCUUUCCUCUAUAAAUUAGAUUCACCUUUUUUUAAAUAUCUAUUAUUUUGACUUGACUUUAAAAUCAAAUAUUGCAUUUGUACUUAAAAUACUUCUUUUUUAUACUUCUCAACAUUUUAUAUUAUGGCUGAGUAUUAUUUUUAAGAAUUAUAUUUUAUUAAACUUAUUAAUAAUUAAUUUUGAGAAUAAAAAUAUAUCUUACCUUAUCCAUAAUGUAAUGACAUUCGAAUCUUUUCGAAAUCUUUAUAAAAAAAUUUUAAUCG